UGUGAUAGUAAACAAGUAAUCUGGCAGUUACUACAUAAGAUUUCAAUAGCAGUGAUUAACUGUUUUUUUACAUCGGAAAUUAUUUAUCUUGUUUCUCUUAGACCAUUUCGAUUAAAAUAAAUUUAUAUAACGGAUAAAACUCGAAAUUCGUUUAUCGUUUACACUUACAAUUAAUAAAUAUGGACGAAGCACAGUCUGUGGAUGAGACAACAUUUGUUAUAGAUGAUGUCAGUACUAUUAUUAAAGAAGCUGUUGAGGGUAUUAUAGCUGGAAAUGCUUAUCAGCAUAGUAAGGUCAAUCAGUGGACCAACAGUAUUGUGGAACAGAUCUUAGGACAACUAACAAAACUUAAUAAACCCUUCAAGUAUAUAGUGACCUGUAUAGUUAUGCAGAAGAAUGGUGCAGGAUUACAUACAGCUAGUUCUUGUUACUGGGAUGAUUCCACAGAUGGAAGCUGCACGGUCAGAUGGGAAAACAAAACUGUAUACUGCAUUGUUUCAGUUUUUGGUCUAGCCAUAUGAAUUGCCAUCACUUUGCCUGCCAUUAAACAAUAAAAUUUAUUUAUAAAACUCUCCCUUAUGAUUCUCUAUUACAAGUAAUAAAGAUCAAAAUUAAAAAUCUGA